AUGAAAUACUUUCUUAGUAAUGAAGUCAAAACUGCCUGCGCAGAUAAAUGUCACGGGGAGUGGCUGGAUGACAUUCCACAAGAAAAAGUAGGAAUACAAGUGGCAAAAAAUAGUUACAGCACAGGGCGUGAUAUAAGCAGAAUGCUGCUGCAGCACAAGAUAGAGUCGCACAUUCUAGCAGACUCAGACAGAUGCUGCAUUGACUGGGUGGCCGUGCAGCAUGCACAAGUGAAGUGCAUCAUAAAAAGAUCAUUUUCUUGUCCUUUGCUAAACCUAUCAAGAAGCAAAAAGAUAACAGACAGUUACAAAGUGAUUCAGUACAUCACAGAGUGCAAUAUAUCUGUAGAUUUAGAUGCAUCUUCACUAACUACAGAUACUCCCUAUUUCCCGCCAGAAUGUGAAAUAUAUCUGGCUAUUGAUGUAAAAUACAUUCAUGCGUACGAAAAAAUUCAAGAAUAUUUAGGAAGAGUACUAGGCAGAGAAGUAAAAGAGUGGAAGUACUCGCAGGCAGAAGAAAGAAGCAUAAUUAUUGUUCUCUCAGAGGACCGUGGAUUCAUUGAUUAUUUUGUAGACAAUUACAGUUGUAUUCUAAUUGAAGAGAAGCUUCUUACACAGAGGCUUGAGCUGCUGAAGAAAAUCAAAGAAGACGCAAAAACACUUGAAGUAAGAAAGACCCGAGCACUAGUUGCAAAAAUGGCAAAUAUUGAUAUCCUAAAGAGUGCAAGCAAAAUAGGAAUCGUGUUUACUUCAGGGGACCACAUGGAUCUAAUUGAUCUUGUAUCAAAAUAUCUAGAUAUGAACAACAAGAAGUUCUAUCACUUCUACAUCAAUGGGCUGAAGCCAAAUAAGCUAGGGAAUUUUGUGGGUGUGGAUGCCUUUAUAGUGAUACAGUGUCCUUUCUCUAGCUUUAGAUUUGAAGAGAACAUUAUUGCCCUGCGGCCAUUUGACUUGCUCAUGGCAUUCAGAGAAGAGUGGGAUGGGCGGUACUCGACAAAUCUAGAAGUAGCAAAGCAUGGGAUAUCCGAAGAGAUAAAGAAGAAAACUGAAACACAAACAGCCUCAGAGACCGGAAGUACAUCUCUUUUGCAAAUAACCAGCACAAUGAAUGCCCUUCGACUGUCCAAGGACGAAGUAUGCACUGCAGAGCAAGCAAAGAAGUACUUCCAGACUGGAGAAUAUCUUAAAAAAGUAUCUGGAAUAACGAUAGAAUCCACCGUAGAAGAGGCAAAUGAUGAUCUAAUAGAGGGGUAUUCCGGAAUACCAACAGAGUACAAAAAGGGGAACAUGCCAUAG